CCCCGCACCCCUGGGAGCCCCCACAGCCCCGGGAGCCGCUCCCCAAAUUCUCCCCCGGGACCUGCAUCCCAAAUCAACCCCAAAUUCUUUCCAAGGACCUGCACUCCCAAUGAACCCCAAAUUCUCUCCAGGGAUCUGCACCCCAAAUCAAUCUCGAAUUCUCUCCCGGGACCUGCACCCCAAAUCAACCCUAAAUUCUCUCCCAGGACCUGCACCCCAAACGAACCCCAACUCUCACUGGAGCCCCAUCCCAAAGGAGCCGCGUCACCCCCGGGAGCCGCUCCCCAAAUUCCCCCCGGGACCUGCACCCCAAAUCAACCUUGAAUUCUCCCCUGGGACCUGCACCCCAAAUCAACCCCAAAUUCUCUCCCGCGAACUGUACCCCAAGUUAACCUCAAUUUUUUUCCAGGGACCUGCACCCUAUCCUCCUGGAGCCGCAUCCCACAGGAGCCGUGUCACCCCCGGGAGCCGCACCCCAAAUUCCCCCCUGGGACCUGCACCCCAAAUGAACCCCACCGGAGCCCCCUCCCAAAGGCUCCCUGCUCCCCAAACCAUCCCCUAUUCCCCCGGGAGCUGCCCCCCACAUUAUCCCGGGAUAUCCCAGAGGAGCCGCCGUGCCCGGUCCCGGUGUAGGCGAGCAAACCAAAGCUGCUUCUCCUCUGCUGCUGCUCUCGUUUGGGAUUUGAUUUGCAUCAUCUCCGUGCCCAUUAAAAGAAAUAAUUAAAAAAAAAAGAGGAGAAGAGAGGGAAAAAAAAAAUAAAAGGGCAAACCAAACCCACACAAAACAUGUGCGGAAGGACUUCCACUCCCUGGCUGUGCUAUUGAGGAUCAGGAAGAGCCUUUGGGGCUGCAGGAUCUCGCCAGGCUGAUGCUGCUGCUCAAGGAUUUGGUGCAGGGAGACAAAACUGCUGCCUCUUCCAUCCGCUGAUCUCAACAUCUGCAUUUUCCUGCUGCUGUGCUCCCUCUCACACCCUCUCUCCAUGGACUGAUUUUUUGGAUUUUUUUCCCUUUUUGCAGGGGGGGGGAGGGAAGGACGAGCAGAAAGCCAAGGCAUCGUGCUGAGAGGAGCGAAAAUUCCCUUUUAUUUCUCGCGUUCUGGUGGAUCUCUUUCGAGGUUAUUCAGCUUUUUGGGAAAGAAAACAUGACGUCGCCAGCAAAAUUCAAAAAGGAUAAGGAGAUCAUAGCUGAAUAUGACACUCAAGUUAAAGAGAUCCGUGCCCAGUUGGUAGAGCAGCUGAAAUGCCUUGACCAGCAGUGUGAGCUUCGGGUCCAGUUACUGCAGGACCUGCAGGAUUUCUUCCGCAAGAAGGCAGAGAUUGAGAUGGAUUACUCCAGGAAUUUGGAGAAGUUGGCUGAGAGAUUCCUGGCUAAAACUAGGAGCACCAAAGACCAGCAAUUCAAGAAGGACCAGAACGUGCUGUCCCCAGUGAACUGCUGGAACCUGCUGCUCAACCAGGUGAAGAGGGAGAGCAGGGACCACACCACCCUCAGUGACAUUUAUCUCAACAACAUCAUCCCACGCUUCGUGCAGGUCAGCGAGGACUCCGGACGCCUCUUCAAGAAGAGCAAGGAGGUGGGGCUGCAGCUCCAGGAGGACCUGAUGAAGGUUUUGAACGAGCUCUACACCGUGAUGAAAACCUACCACAUGUACAACGCUGACAGCAUCAGUGCCCAGAGCAAGCUGAAGGAGGCAGAGAAGCAGGAGGAGAAGCAGAUUGGGAAGUCAGUGAAGCAGGAGGACAAACAGACCCCACGCUCCCCUGACUCCACCUCCAAUGUCAAGUUUGAGGAGAAACACGUGCGGAGGAGCUCCGUCAAAAAAAUCGAGAAGAUGAAGGAGAAGCGCCAAGCAAAGUACACAGAGAACAGACUGAAGGCAAUCAAGGCAAGGAAUGAGUAUCUGCUGGCCCUGGAAGCCACCAAUGCCUCCGUGUUCAAGUACUACAUCCAUGACCUGUCUGAUCUCAUUGAUCAGUGCUGUGACCUGGGCUACCAUGCCAGCCUCAACAGAGCCCUGAGGACGUUCCUGUCGGCCGAGCUGAACCUGGAGCAGUCCAAGCACGAGGGGCUGGAUGCCAUUGAGAACGCUGUGGAGAACCUGGAUGCCAACAGUGACAAGCAGAGGCUGAUGGAGAUGUACAACAACGUCUUCUGCCCCCCCAUGAAGUUUGAGUUCCAGCCCCACAUGGGGGACAUGGAGUCUCAGCUCUGUGCCCAGCAGCCAGUCCAGAGUGAGCUGGUGCAGAGGUGCCAGCAGCUGCAGUCCCGCCUGUCCACGCUGAAGAUUGAAAAUGAAGAGGUGAAGAAGACCAUGGAGGCCACGCUGCAGACGAUCCAGGACAUUGUCACCAUCGAGGACUUUGAUGUCUCUGACUGCUUCCAGUACAGCAACUCCAUGGAGUCGGUGAAAUCCACGGUGUCGGAGACGUUCAUGAGCAAGCCCAGCAUUGCCAAGAGGAGGGCAAACCAGCAGGAGACUGAGCAGUUCUACUUCACUAAAAUGAAGGAGUACCUGGAGGGCAGGAACCUGAUCACCAAGCUCCAGGCCAAGCACGACCUCCUGCAGAAGACCCUGGGAGAAAGUCAGCGGACGGACUGUGCCCUGGCCAGUGGCAGGCGCAGCUCCACUGUGAGGAAGCAGGAUUCCUCCCAGGCCAUUCCCCUGGUGGUGGAGAGCUGCAUCCGCUUCAUCAGCAGGCACGGUUUGCAGCACGAAGGAAUUUUCAGAGUGUCUGGGUCCCAGGUUGAAGUGAAUGACAUCAAAAAUGCCUUUGAGAGAGGGGAAGAUCCCUUGGCUGGGGACCAGAAUGACCACGACAUGGAUUCCAUAGCAGGAGUCCUCAAGCUCUAUUUCAGAGGCCUGGAGCACCCCCUGUUCCCCAAGGACAUCUUCCAUGACCUGAUUGCCUGUGUCACCAUGGACAAUUUGCAGGAGCGAGCGCUGCACGUCCGGAAGGUGCUGCUGAACCUGCCCAAGACCACCCUGAUUGUCAUGAGAUACCUCUUUGCAUUCCUCAAUCAUUUGUCUCAGUUCAGUGAGGAGAACAUGAUGGAUCCCUACAACCUGGCCAUCUGCUUCGGGCCCACGCUGAUGUCGGUGCCCGAGGGCCACGACCAGGUGUCCUGCCAGGCUCAUGUCAAUGAACUGAUCAAAACCAUCAUCAUCCAACACGAGAACAUCUUCCCAGGGCCCAGGGAGCUCGAGGGCCCCGUCUACAGCAGGGGUGGAAGCACAGAGGAUUACUGUGAAAGCCCCCAUGGAGAGAGAGCCCUGACAGAAGAUUCAGUGCAGGAUGUCACAGCUGAGCACCACACCAGUGAUGAUGAGUGCGAGCCCAUCGAGGCCAUAGCCAAGUUCGACUACCUGGGCAGGACGGCCCGCGAGCUGUCCUUCAAGAAGGGAGCCUCUCUGCUGCUCUACCAGCGCGCCUCCGACGACUGGUGGGAGGGGCGGCACAACGGCGUGGACGGCCUCAUCCCCCACCAGUACAUCGUGGUGCAGGACACUGAGGAUGGGAUGUCGGAAAGGUCCAGCCCCAAGUCGGAGAUAGAAAUAAACUCUGAGCCACCGGAGGAGAAGGUGACAGCCAGAGCUGGUGCCAGCUGCCCGAGCGGGGGCCACGUCGCAGAUAUUUACCUUGCCAACAUCAACAAGCAAAGAAAGAAACCAGAGUCAGGCAGCAUCAGAAGAGCGUUCCGCCAAAGUGACAGCCACGGCCUAGGUAGUUCCCUGGCAGAGCCCGCCUCCCCCGGGGCCAUAGCCGGUUCCAGGCCCUCAUCUCAGCCCAUAAUGAGCCAAAGCCUUCCCAAGGAGGUUCCAGACAAAUGCUCCAUCAGUGGCCACGGCAGCCUCAACUCCAUCAGCCGGCACUCGUCGCUCAAGAGCAGGAUGGAGAGCCCGCAGGUGCGCAAGGCGCUCGCCGCCGGCCGCUCCAAGAGCUUCAACAACCACCGGCCCAUGGACCCUGAGGUCAUCGCUCAGGACAUUGAAGCCACCAUGAACUCGGCCCUGAACGAGCUGCGGGAGCUGGAGCGGCAGAGCAGCGUCAAGCACGCGCCCGACGUCGUCCUGGACACCCUGGAGCCCCUGAAAACCUCACCCGUGGUGGCCCCCACCUCGGAGCCCUCCAGCCCCCUGCACACCCAGCUCCUCAAGGACACCGAGCCCCCGUUCCAGCGCAGUGCCAGCACUGCUGGGGACAUCCCCUGCACCUUCAGGCCCGUCAAGUCCGUCAAGGUGGGCUCGCAGGUGAAGCCGCCGGCCACGCGGCCCAAGCCCGCCGUGUUCCCCAAAACCAGCGCCAGCACCCCCGGCGUGGCCUCCUCUGCAGCCCAGCAGCCCCCCGACAAGUCCUGUACUGUCUGAUGCACCCCCUGCUGCUCUCUGGGUACAGUCCUGCUGGUCCACACCGAGAGACUCUGGCAAAGACCUUGAAAUUCUUAUUUAAUGAAUGCUCGGAUUGAAGGGGAGCUGCCCGGAGCUCCUGGGCAGCCACAGCCUCGUCCCGUGUCCCCAGGACAGCUCCUGCCACGCUUGGGAAAUCCACAACCCACGAUCCACUGUGAAGCUGGGCAGGAAAACACCAAGGGAUGAGCUGGAUUUUGGUUUUGAUGCCUUGUUCAAGUGUUCGGCCGCUGGAAGGAACAUUUGGUGGUGUCCUGUUUUGGGAUACUGGUGUGGUGACUUCUGUAUUCUGUGUUUCAUUUACCACAGGGAAACAAUAGGAUAGAUUUUAGUCUAUUGCAUGUUUUGGUGCCACUGGUUACGUGGAGCUUGGACAUGCCUGUUUCUUGUGCAUUAUUAUUAUUAUAAUUAUAAUAAUAAUUAUUAUUAUUAUUAUUCCGUCGCCCGCUGGUGCCACGGUGGUUAAGGGUCUGUCUCGACUUCCAUCACAUCCUCUGGUUUUGUUUGUUUGCUCCUCAUUCCUCCCCCUCAGGGCCAAAGCCUUUGGCCAUCCAGCCUCAUGCUUUAUUUGUCAUGGAAAAAUCAGUUUACCCUGGAACACUCGUAGAUUUUGUGGAGUUCUACGUAAGGCGUGUCUGUGCAAAUGUAAACAAACGUGUUUUCCUGAGCUCUGGGAGCACAAGGAAGAGCCCAGUCGUUGCUUUUGGACAAUCUUCACUGGUUUCCCCCUUUGCUCUCCCAUAUUUAAAAGUUUCCAGUGGCAUUUUCAGCCCGUGGGCUCUGAUGUGGUGUUUGCUCUCGGGAGACUGAAUGUAAAACAAAACAAACAACAAAAAAGAGAUCAUUUUGAAAAGAAGCAUCCUCUGCUGGGAGCCCAUCCCCACGACACACACACUCUGCUGGUUUGCCUGCUCCUCAGGACAGAUCCUGACCCCAUCCCAGCACCAAGCACUGUCAAAACUUCGCUCAGGAGUUCUCAGCUCCCUGCCUUGUCCCUCUCUGCUCUCAUAGAGCAGUGCAGGGAACACUGCUGGGGACAGGGGUGGGACAGCACUCUGCAGUGCUGCUCCCUGCUCCCUGCAGGGCUGACCUGUGAAUGAAUCCUCUCUCGUUUGUAUUUAUCCCUAGCCAGCAGCACCCACGGACUCUUUUGUACUCCCCUGGGAAUUCUCCUCGGUGCCCACGGUUGUUUAAUUUAAUAAUUAAAAGGCUUGUGCCACUUGGCAGUGGAGACUGGCUGACCCUGAGCUCGCCUCGUCCCUCAGCUUUUCCAGGAUUCCAAACCAGCUGCACCUCUUAGGCUUCCAUCAAACAAUGGAUUCAGGACAAGAUGAGAAAAAGUCGUUUUUCUCACCCAUUUAAGCUGAGUUUCCUUGCAGCUUGUGAGCUCCUGGUGACUGCAAAGUCCCUUUAAUUGGCACUUAAAAAAAGAAGCAGCAAAGAAGAGUUGCUGAAAUGUUUUUUUCUCACACAUUUGGGAUGACACUUGGAGAAAUGGAGCAGGGUCUUCCUGCAUCCCUGUCCAUGGCCACACGCACAACCCCCUUUCUGCAGAAGCAAUCAGUCCAGAGUUAAUGACUUUGCAAACAGCCAGCUCCCUCUGGGCCCUGAGGGAAGGGCGUGCAGGAGCUGGGGAGCCCUGGGCAGGCUCUGGGGAGAGCUCUGCCCAUUCCCCACUUGCCCUGAGCUGUCCUGGGGGACCCCACGGUACGAGUGUGACUGUCCCUGCCCCUCCAGGAGAUGCCACCAGUGCCACCUUUGCUCUCAGGUUCUGAUGGACUUCCACCACCAAGGAAUCACUUGUUCUUUUGGGGAAAAAAAAAAAUGAAAAUAAAUGGAAUGAUUAAACUUGUAAUUUUUUGCUCAGGCAGAACUUUCUGGCAUUUCCUUUUUAGUAAGAAUUUUUGGGUUUUUUGAUUUCUUUUUUUUUUUUUAUUUUGGUCUCAAAUGACCAAAGUUGAUCUGUGUCAAGAGCAGGAUCUCUGUAAAUUGACUUUGCCUCAUUUUAAUGCCUUAUUUUCUUUUUUAUAUUUUUAUGCCUAGCAUUCAAUAUUCCUAAGAAUAAGUGUUCAGCCACGCACAGCACAUUGGAGGAGCUGCUCUUUUCCAGCUUCAAGGUCUGAAGUGUGGAAUUAGAUGGAAAACAAAACAAAAAAAAUUUAAAAAAAGACUUCAGGUUACUGUAACAGCAACUGUCUGUAUCUGAAUUAUUACUGUGCUUCUCUAGCAUCCACAGCUCUGGGACAAUCCUGCUGCCAAGGGCAAGGUGCUUGCAGGAUCACCUGGAUUUGGAGCAACUCAACUGGAAUUCUGGUGUGCACUGUGAUUGACACAAGCAAUAGGACAGGCUGGAGCUCCUCCUUCCUCUUCCUCGGGUGGAAAAAUCACACACUGAGGGGAUGAGACAAGAAAAUCACACAUGAAAUCAUGGAAAAAGGAGAUUUUCAGCUUGUCCUCCUCACUCUGAACACACAGGGCUGGGAGGACGUUUGCCACGGGUGUUUUAUGGGCACUGGCUGCUGGAAAGGUGGGAAGGAGGAACUGGAAAUGUUCCCUCCCUGAGGACAGGACUGACUCAGUGGUUUGCUUGGGGAGGUACCUGUGUCACUCCACAUCUUCAUAUCCCGAAGAAAUUUUCGCUCUUCCAAGGAAAUUCCUCUUUUCGUGACUUUUCCUGUAACAUUUGUGUGGAAUAUGAAGAGAAAAGAAGUGUUUGAUAACUGGAAUGACGUCUGUCUGUUGGAUAGUGCUUUGUAUGAACCUUGUUCAGCAGGUGUUGGAUUGAAAUAAUCCAAAGCAAAAAAAAAAAAAAAUAAAAAAAAAAUUUAAAAAAACUAAAAGCUUUUAAAAUGAAACACGGUUUUAGGUGAUCAAUCUGAAUGGUUUCUGAAGCUCAGACCUUUUCUGGGUUAUUUCCCUAGUUGGGAAUGGAGCAGUGUGCUUUAACCAUUGCUUAAUUUCUGCCUCUCUGAGGUUGUCCAAAGUUUAUGAGUUGUAAAUUUGUCCUUCAUGUCCGAGCAGUGGGACACGAUCAAACCCUCUCGUUUUAUCUGUGCUGGGUAUUUUACUGCAACAAAAAAGAGUAAAUAAUUAGAGUGCACUGUGACAGCAGAACAAAAAAACAAAAAAGUUGUUGUAUAUGUCUGUAUUUUGAUACCUGUUCAAAAGGAGUCUUUGGGUUUCCUGUGCUGAAUACCUCAUGUGUUGGGUUUGGGAGUUUUUGUUGAUUUUUUUUUUCUUUUUAGGGUUUUUUUAUUUUUCUUUCUUUCUUUUUUAAGGCAAGAUUGUUCUUGCACAAAAGUAGGUUAAGAUAACCGAGUUCUCAUAAAUUUAUUUACUGAAUUGAAACACUUCAGCUUGGCAAGAAAUCCCAUCUGCUGUGGUUCCCCACCCUGCACUUGGUACGGGGCUGAGCCGGGCACUUGGAGGAGCUCCAGCAGUCCUGGGACAGGAGAAGUUCACUGCAGGUGGAGUUUGCUGCCUUAUUUCUCUUCUUCUCUGUGUCAGAAACCUCAAACUCGGUGGUUUGGGGAUUUUUGGAGCUUUUGGGAGAUGUUCUGCUGCAAAAAUCGACGUCUGUGGUUCUCAGCACUUCAGAUCCCACCCGGGGGUGUGGGAAUGCUCCCGUGGUGGGAUCUGUGUGGAGGGGACACCUGCAGGAGGUGAUGCCAUCAGGAAGGGUGGGAAAACGCCCCAGAAAUCCCCGCUGAGACAGCUGGAUGGAUUCCAUGAGAGGCUGAGCUCAGCCCUGAGCACAGGAGGGAGAGGAAGGAGGUGCCCCUGUCCCCCCAGGUGUGGCACUGGUGAGGGGCACCUGUGCUUGGCAGGACCAAGCCCUGGGUGUGGAGGGAUGUGCCCCAAGGUGCAAACACACUGAACUGCUUCAAAAACUGCUUCCAGACCCUCAGGAGAGCAGGAGCACUGGGGCAUUUCCAUCGCCUAUGGGCCUGAACAGAACAGGAAAUCGAGCUUAACAAGCUGGGGAUUUAUUUAUUUUCAGAUUUUUAGCUUUCACAAAAAACCCCAGCCCUUUUUUGGGCUCAUCUGGCCUUGGCUAAUGCCCCACAAAGGCAGCUGGGGACAUAAAGCUGUUCCUUUAGUGGGCUGGUGGCACAGGAGGGGGGAAGGAGGGAACGUCCUUCCCCCAGGGACCAGCUCUGGGGACUCACCAAGCACUUCAUGGACUGAACUUUGGGGUUUGAGCUCCUUCCACAUCGGCUCCCUGCAUGUCUCUGUGUCUGUGUGACAACCUGGUACUUGAAAAUAAGAAACAAAACCAGAAAUACUUGACCCUCUGCCUGUGGGGUCGGGGUGGCCCCGGCUGCUCCAGCGGUUCCGCCGACCGCCCGCCACGAGGCAGAUGAAUUCUUUUCCAGGCUGUUCCAGCAGCAAACCAUCUAUUUGGGUGGCUCUGGAGAUGCCAGAACAGCAGUUCAAAGCCUGGAAAAUGCAAGGGUUUCGUUGGUUUGGGGUUGGUUGUUUUCUCCCUGUUAAAUUUUGUGCUUCCUCUAAGGUAGUUUGGGAUGAAAGAGUUUCUCAAGGAUGGGCCAGAAAGAGGGGAAGGUGGAGAGGGAAGGCAGCUCCCUGCCGUGCUAAUACUUGAUCUGCCAAGCUUCCCACAGGGUAAACACUCAGCAGUUUGCAGUGGGAAUCCUAGGUGGGCCUGUCCUUCCUGGGCCACUGCAGAAACCUGACUCCUGACGUGGACUUCACCAGCCUUUCCUCCAGGCACAGCCCUGAGGUGUGAGGAAAACCCAAGCCUGGCUUGGACUCUGAGUGUGCCAAACUGCUGGAGCAAUACUUGUGAGCAGCAGCUUCUCUGAAAGCCCAGCUCGAUGUAGCUCAAAGAGGGCAAUUGCUGAAAUCCACCUCUGAUUUCCAGAGCUCCUGCUGUGAAAGCAGGAGAAUCGGGUUGCAGAGUGCAGGAGUUGUGGUUUUCUGUCUGAACCUGGGGUUGUCAGCAGCAGUUGUUCUCAUGGUGGGAUGGAAUGUUCUUGCUAAAACAAGUCUCCACUGUUUCAUGUCUUCUACACCAAUAUAUAUAUGGUGUAUAUAUUAAACUGUGUAAAAUUGUACUUUGUACAUAGAGCUCUGUACAAUAUGGAGGUACAGCCUUUUUUUGGUUUGGUUUUUUUCCCCCCUCCCUUUUGGUACAGUCUUGUACAGUAUUAGGAGUCGAUGUGUUGGAAGUGUUAAAUCCAUACUGGGGCAACAAAAUGUAUCCAUUGUCAUUAGCAAUAGUUUUGGAGAAAUAAAUGUUUUGGGUAUGGUGGAAACACUGA